UUGAAGCGUUAUUUUUAUUUUCAAGGUUUUUAUUAUUGUUGCAGGUUUUACAGUGAACACUUAGUCUAUUUGCUGCUUCGAACCCCGGUUCGAUUCCGCUCAAUGGCAGUCCUUGUCUUUUUCACGAAUUCCUUUAGGGAAAGAAUUUACCAUACGUUGCUUCACACCGAGUAUCAUGGACCGCAUGCGUCGCCGCGGAUGUCGCGCACAUUGAAGGAGAAACCUGCGCAUCAGGCGAGGGUAUAUACUCCUAAGCAUUUUUACCGAUUGUCUUUGCUUCGACACCUGGGUCUGAAAACACCGCUGAAGAUAUAUUUUGACCGUUUGCAGCUGAUGUCGUUAUUCGACAAGAACAAAAAGCUAUUCAGCGUAUUCUUCGACAUUUUACUGGCGGUUGCGGUGAGCGUCAUGGCAACGUUGGUGAUUGAGCAGCAGUUGUACCACGAUUUCCAGUUGCUGGUUUUGUGUUGGCUGGUGGCCAGUGCCCACUUCUCGCUACUUAAGAGUGUCCAACCGGAUGCGUCCAGUCCCAUUCACGGCUACAAUGCGCUUAUUACCUACAACCGCCCAUUUUACUUCUGGGCAGCCGCCGCAGAGACCGACACCCAUAGUUGCAUAUCAUGUCUGUUCGUCGACGUUAGCGUUGUAGCCACCAUUUUAGAGUCGUUCUUUGUGAACUUUCUGUUGUUUCUGCCGGUGAUAUUUACGUUUGGACUGCUGCCGCAGGUGGAUACUUUUUUGUGCCACGUUUUGGAACAAGUCGAGAUGCAUGUGUUUGGCGGUACGGCGACUGUCGACCUGCCUUCCGCUUUCUUCUGCUGCAUUCGAAGCUUGGUUUGCGUCGCAGCUCUUGGUGCUUUGGCCCUAGUGUCGAUGCUGAGGCGCGGCUUCCCGCAGAACAUGUGGUUCUCGGCGUUCUGCGGCUCGAUCAUCUCCAUUGCUUAUGUGCUCAGUCGGUCUAGUAGCGGGGUGAAGGAAGUGGCCUCCGCGUUAUCACUGUCACUGUCGACCCUGCUGCGAAGGUUUAACGACAAGGCGUCUUUGGUGGAAAUGGACCCGGCGCGCGAGCCAUGGCUUUCAGUGUUUCUCGCCCGUACCAGAAGCACUUUGCUCACAUCUUUGUUGCUAGGUCUGCUCGGCUUUGCUUUGCACUGUAGCAGCGUGUUCAACGUCUUUUCAUCGUUUUUGCUGCAGGCGGUGCCGUGCGCGACCCUCAUCACAGCUGUCCUCGCCCACUAUCUUUUGCCGCAUCUGCGUGAGCACUUCCCGUGGCUCUUGCUUGCUCACCCGUUCCUGAAGACCUAUCAGUACAGCGUGUAUGACAAUGGUGAAAUAGCACAACUUGUCUGGUUCGAACGGCUGUACGCAUACCUCAACGUCACUCAACGCUACGUGCUGUAUCCGGCGCUGUUGUUGUCGAUCAUGACGGCAUAUGCAACUGCUGUCCUUGCCUUGGCCGGUCUGAAGCUGUUGCGCACCGCCUACCGAUGUCCGGCUCAUCUCUUAGCCCCAUUGAUGCUGACGAUGUUCGUCACCUACUUGGACCAGCGUCGUGCUAGGUCGCAGAUGCUCGUCACUUUGUAUGUCUUGUCGAUGAUUUAUCCGAAAUUUCGAGAAAUGGUCUUGAAACUGAAGUUUAUCAUUGCCUACGUGGCACCAUGGCAGAUUUCGUGGGGUUCAGCGUUUCACGCUUUCGCCCAGCCGACGGCCGUGUCCCAUUCGGCGUUCACGUUGGCCAUAGUCGCCGUGUCUUCGCUGAUUUCCGCCCCGCUGAAUCCGUUCCUUGGCUCAUCGAUAUUCCUUAUGUCCUACAUGAGGCCUGUGAAGUUUUGGGAGAAGGACUACAACACAAAGCGCAUCGAUCACUCGAACACGCGGCUCGUUAGCCACAUCGACCGCGGCCCGACCGUCGACGACAGUAAUUUGAAUGCAAUCUUCUACGAACAUCUGACCCGGUCUCUCGCCGGUGAACUGAUGCUCGGUCGGUGGCCAACCGAGGUUGAAGCUGGCGACUGUUUUAUCCUGGCAAGCUUCUACCUGAACUGUAUGGUGCACGUGAUCGAGAUCGGCAACGGUUUCGUAACGUUUCAAUUGCGUGGCCUUGAGUUCCGAGGCACCUACUGCCAACAACGCGAAGUGGAAGCGAUCACCGAGGACUUGAGCGAAGGCGACGGCUGUUGCUGCUGUGAUCCCGUCAAGUUCGUUCUCGAAGGUUACAGUGUCACGGACAAUUCGGCGGUCAGUACCCUGCAGAUGAUUGAGUUGCGCCAACUGAUGGUCACUCUGUACGUCAAAUGCAUCAUCUACUACGCGGUCCAUUCUAAGAAAUUGACUGAAUGUGCCUCCUCGUCCUCUGGAUCGUAUGUCGAUGUUGACGCCACUUUCUGCUUCGCACACGACGAGGACUACGACGUGCAGCGCGGUGGCGCCUGCUGGCUCAAGUUCCGUCGGGUGUACCACCCUUGGCUGCAGCAUUGCAUGGACAAGGCAUUCGGUCAAGCCACCGAUCAGACCCUCGUCCCUGCCUUCAACACCGUCUCCGCCUUCUGCUUCCUACUCAGCCUUCUUGGCCGUCGAGUUCUCGGCAACGCGUCGCAGAGUCGUCAUACGGCCAGUGCCGAAUCGUUCCUCUACGGUUUGCUGGCCCUUUUUAAGGGCGAUUUUCGCAUCACCAGCGUUCGCGACGAAUGGGUGUUCGCGGACGUGGAUAUUUUGACGUCGGUGAUCUCUCCGGCGGUUCGCAUGGCCGUUAAAUUGCACCAGGAUCACUUCACAUACGCCGACGAUUUCGACGACCCGGCGUGCAUUUACGACAUCAUAGAGAAUGACAAGGAGGUAUUCAUCUCGCACGAGAACGACCCAAACUGGCGGCGCGCUGUCUUGUCGAACACCGAACGGUUGCUGGCUCUUCGUCACGUGUUCGAAGACGGUCAGGACGACUUUAAGGUCAUCAUGCUGACCAAACGACACGUCAAUUUUCGUGUCAUCAAGUUAAACCGCGAAUGCGUUCGUGCCUUCUGGGCCGGCCAACAACAGGAGUUGAUCUUCCUGCGCAAUCGCAACCCUGAAAGAGGCUCGAUCCAGAACGCCCGACAGGUCCUGCGAAAUAUGAUCAACUCCUCCGCUGACCAGCCUAUUGGCUACCCGAUCUUCGUUUCUCCAUUGACCACUUCGUACUCCGAGUCUCAUCCUCAACUAGCCAGUGUACUCGGCCCUCCCCUAACCUUCAAGCUGAUAUUCGACGCAUUGUAUUGGACCUGGAACAGACUAAAGCAGCAUUGCAGCACCAGCGGCAGCGUGACCGUGCAAAGCUGUGCGUCGCAACGGCGGUCACUCGACCCAACUGUUAGCACUGCUGCCCACGAAAGCGCUAAUCCACCUAGCUAUGACGCUGUUUUGACUCAUGGCAAUGACCAUCUUGAACGCCGACAUCACGUCUUCCGGUGCCGGAGACAGAAGAAGCGAUUCGCAGAAGAGCACAAAAGCUACUAUCUGAGUUCCAUUCCAUUGCCUCACGUCCAUGUGAACAGUAUGAAUAACUCAGGUUCGAAACUAGUCAUCCACCCGAAGUCGCCUCGACCUCCUUCUCUCCCGAAUCGUAGUCUCUCGUUAUUACGUGGUGUUCUUUUUGUACAUUUCAAGUAA